AUGACAAACAAUCAAAAUAACAAAUACAAAAGAAAGCUUGCAAAUCUCGAAGAAGAACACAUUGCUAGUGAAGAAAUUUAUCAGGAUGAAGAUCUUUGGUAUAGCGAAGAGGUUGAUCAAUUGGUGUUCAAUCAAACAAAGAAGAGAAAGGUUUCGAAUGGAAGUUUAGACGAAAAGGAAGAGAAUUCACAAGAUAAUGACUCUGAUACUUCAUCAGAUAGUUCUGUAGAAGACUUUGGUAAGGUUGGAGAGUUGUUAAUGAUUGGAAAUCGUCCAGAAGACUGUUUUGACUUGUCAGAGUUUACAGAAGAACCAAAAAUUUCGUUUAUGGAAACUAAACUUUCCAUUACUAAGAUUCCAGCAGAUUGCUGGGCAAUCAUUUACUCCUUUAGUGGCAUGGAACAUUACUUCAUUAAUAGAAUUUACAAACUCAAUUCCACCCUAAGAGAAUCUCUUUACGAAAGUGAACUAUUUUGGGAAGGAAUCAUUGCUGAAGGUUGGCCAGACUCCACAAUUUUCACUAUCAACUGGAGAGAAUACUUUUUCAAGAAAUUCAUUGCAUACGAAACUCAUAAGCGUUUAAAUCCUCAAAUAAUAACUGGAGAUCAUCCAGCAACAAUAGGUUCGGUUCCAAUUCAACGAACUUUCGAGAAUGAAUGUUUCAUUUACAAUCAAAUGGAGACAACUACAUGUCAUUUCAAGAACUCCAAACAAAUGGUCACUCAAUCAAACAUGGAUUGGAUUGUAAAUGUUUUUUUGAAAACUUGUCCAAAAAUUGUUGGCUUUAGAAUUCAAGUGAAAUUUCCAAAUUUGAGACUUUGGGCAACUUUUAAUAACAAAGUUUUCCCAAUUUUUGAUGAGGAUCAAGUUGUCCUCAACGGAGUCCAAAAUCUGUUCAAUGCAUUGAAGUUAGAUGUUGAUAUUCAUGCACCUUUCUUUUUGGAUUUUGACGAAAGAUUCAACAAAUUGAAAUUUGGAGAAUUGGAACAGAGUACAUACUUUGCUUGGUUUUGUAAUAGAAUACUUGGAGAUGUUCCUUUUCCAAUUGAGGAAAUUUUGGGCCUGCAUGAUUAUACGAACCAUUUAAGUUUCGGUUUGGAAGAAGAGAGAAACAGAAUUGUAGGAAAGUUUUACAAAUACAAAAAACAAUUGGGCUUGUAA